AUGGCAAUUCCAGUAGUGCUUAUCAUCUUUCUGGCAUGCAUCUCCACCAUUCUCACGCCUCCAUGCACAGCUGAUAGUGUAAUGUACCCAGGCAACCGUCUUCUGGUGGGCCAAUCAAUGACUUCCGGCGACUACGCGUUCACAAUGGAAAAAGAUUGCAAUCUAGUGCUGUAUGACAAUCGCCGUCUGAUAUGGCAGAGUGGAACCAGAGGCAAAGGCAGUGGUUGCUAUGCUACACUAUUAGGAUAUGGCGAGUUUGUAAUAAAUGACUACACGGAUCAGCGCGUUUGGAGCAGCAAUACCAAGCUUACAAAUGAAAACUGUAUCCUAAUCCUCCAGCGUGACCGGAAUGUCGUGAUGUACUGUGGUUCUGUUUGGUCAAGUAACACCUACAUCCCACAAGGACCCAAGGCACUUGGACGCAAGAUGGGAAGAGGGAACGGUGGUGAUGAUUUUCAUCAGGCAUUCGUGUUAGUGAACUCCGAGAAAGAAUUGCAGCCGGGAUCCAUGAUUACUGAGGUAAUUAAUGAGGGAUUUAAGUGA